GGAACUUGGCGUUCCCAGUAAGAAAGGGGGUGGCUGGCUUUCCUCCUGUUCUCAUAUCCAAGGCUCUGCCUACUGAAAGAAGAGGUUGAGUCAAAGCAGCCAGACAUUUCCACCUUCUGGAGCCACUAGACAGGCCAGCCCCUCUUCAGAAUGGAGUCUUCUAGAAUUCUUAGCAUCUUCAUGCUAUCCAUCAUCUUUGUGAAUGUGCAGGAAACUGUUCUCCGGUAUUCUCCCGGCAAAUGCCCCAGAAUCAGAGAACAAUGUGAAUUCAAAGAAAGGGACCUAUGCACAAAGAGCAGCCAGUGCCAGGACAACAUGAAAUGCUGUGUCUUCAGCUGUGGAAGAAAGUGUUUAGACCUCCAGCAAGAUGUGUGCAGUCUGCCCAAAGAAGCAGGCCUCUGCAUGGCUGCUUUUCAUCGCUGGUGGUACAAUAAGGAAAAUAACACCUGUGACCUCUUCAUCUAUGGUGGCUGCCAGGGGAACAAUAACAACUUCCAAACCAAAAGCAUCUGCCAGAGUUUCUGCCAAAGAAAAGGUGUCUUCACACAAGGAUAAGGACACACUGGAACAAUCUCCUGUUCCAGACUCUGUGUGCGCCUGACUGAUGAUUCAGAUGGGCUUCCACUGUUCUACUCCUGGCACUCCAAGAAGAGAUUGGCUUUUCCCAACAGUGAGCCCUAGGACCUGCCUCCCACUCCUUCAUCCCCACCUCCUUUCAUGCAUAAUCUCUUCUGUUUGGAUGUCAUCUUUGUGUGUGCUCAGUACUUCAUCUCCAUAUUCUAUUCCCCUGGUUGUCCCUCAGAAGUUCCCAUCUUUUCAAUAAAGUACUUGACUUACUCCUA